AGCUUUACGUUUUAUUUAGAGAGCAAGAAUUAGCUAUCAAACCAGCUGGUUGAGUUAAAAUUAUCUGUUAUAUUUGGAUACAACAGUGAUGACUACAUCUUAUUCUUAUACCCACAGGAGUAAUUGGUCUGUAGACGGCAAUUUUCUAGAAAGUAGAACUCAUCUACUAUUCACAGAUCCGUACAAUUAGCUGUGGGCCAUGCGGAAAGGCGAUAAUGGACGUGUGAAUUUUCCCGCCAAAGCAAGCCGGUCUAGAAUCAUUUUAAAAAUAUGUCAGAUGUUCCUCUUGAUGCACCAUCUUCAUGUCCUGGCACAAAGAGUGAUCAGGCAGGAAAAGCUUCCACUUGUGAAGGUUGUCCUAAUCAAUCUAUGUGUUCAAGUGGGCAGGCUAAACUCCCUCUUUCUGAACGUGAACCGGAAACGAUUCAAGCAAUCAAACGUCGUCUUGGCUCAGUUCGUCACAAAAUAAUUAUCCUAUCUGGCAAAGGUGGAGUGGGGAAAAGCAGUCUUUCUGUUUGCCUGGCUAGAGGACUCAGCCGACUUGAACGUAGUCAGAACUCAGAUCAAGGUGGAUCAAAUAAUAAUUAUACUGUUGGAUUACUUGAUCUUGACCUGUGUGGGCCUUCUAUCCCAUGCAUGUUUGACUGUAUGGAUGAAAAGGUACAUCAAAGUCAAUCGGGUUGGUCUCCUGUUUUCGUUACGGAAAAUCUUAGUCUCAUGUCUAUUGGCUUUCUACUGCCCAGUCCUGAUCACCCAGUGAUUUGGCGUGGACCUCGUAAGAAUACACUUAUUCGCCAGUUGCUAACUGAUACUGCUUGGACUGAAGAAGAGGAUGGUAAAUUGGAUGCAACUGGCAAUUUAGACUUUUUAAUUAUUGACACUCCUCCGGGAACAUCAGAUGAACAUCUUUCAGUCAUUCAGUAUCUUCAAGCCGCCAACUGUUUAGAUGGAGUGAUAAUCAUCACAACACCACAAGAAGUCGCUUUGUGUGAUGUUAGAAAGGAAAUCGAUUUCUGCCGAAAACUAUCAGUCCGAAUUUUGGGUAUCGUGGAGAAUAUGACCGAGUUUGUAUGCCCGUCAUGUAAACACUCAGGUCCAGUGUUUCCGCCUACCACAGGUGGUGCAAAUUCCCUGUGCACUGAAAAUGGUGAUAACAAAUCGUUAUCAUCAUCAUCAUCACCACUAGAUCUAGAGAUAUUGGGUCGUUUGCCUCUUGAUCCACGAUUAACCAGAGCACUUGACGAAGGUUUAUGUCCAUUUGAGCUGGCCGAGUCAAAUUCUCUCAUGGGCGAGCAGUGUCACGAUUCAAACGAGAUUGGACUAAAAACUUCAGAUGCAGUUAUUGUUUCAUUCCAAGAGUUGUUCAACAAUCUCCUUAAAAAGCUUCAUAACUGAUUGCUUGUCUGCCGGUGCACUGAAAAAAAACAAUCACUCCCAACCUCCUUCAAAUCAACAAUAACUCCAUUUUCUGUAUUUGCCCCUAAAAAACAGAAAAUAAUUCCAUUGUACAGAACCUCGAUUUUUCUCAGCUAAUCAGAUUCGUUAGCAUUCAUUUAAUUAAAUAUAUACAUAUAUAUUUUUGGCAGAG